AUGGCAAUGGUAUCUGAAUUCCUCAAGCAGGCCUGGUUUAUUGAAAAUGAAGAGCAGGAAUACAUUAAAACUGUGAAAGGAUACAAAGGUGGUCCUGGGUCAGCAGUGAGCCCUUAUCCUACCUUCAAUCCAUCCUCGGAUGUUGAGGCCUUGCAUAAAGCAAUCACAGUUAAAGGUGUGGAUGAAGCAACCAUCAUUGAAAUUCUGACUAAGAGAAACAAUGCACAGCGUCAGCAAAUCAAAGCAGCCUAUCUGCAGGAGAAAGGAAAGCCCCUGGAUGAAGUUCUGAAGAAAGCCCUCGUCGGUCACCUUGAGGAAGUUGUUUUGGCUCUGUUGAAAACUCCAGCCCAGUUUGAUGCUGAAGAGCUCCGUGCCGCCAUGAAGGGCCUUGGGACUGAUGAAGACACUCUGAAUGAAAUUCUGGCAUCAAGAACUAACACAGAAAUCAGAGAAAUUAACAGAGUCUAUAGAGAAGAACUGAAGAGAGAUCUGGCUAAAGACAUCGCCUCAGACACAUCUGGAGAUUAUGAGAAGGCUUUGCUUUCUCUUGCUAAGGGUGACCGAUCUGAGGAGCUUGCUGUAAAUGACGACUUGGCUGAUUCAGAUGCCAGGGCCUUAUAUGAAGCAGGAGAAGGAAGAAAAGGGACAGAUGUGAAUGUGUUCACUACCAUUCUUACCACCAGGAGCUAUCCCCAUCUUCGCAGAGUGUUUCAGAAAUACUCCAAGUAUAGUAAGCAUGACAUGAACAAAGUUCUGGACCUGGAGUUGAAAGGUGACAUCGAGAAAUGCCUCACAGUUAUUGUGAAGUGUGCUACAAACAAGCCAAUGUUCUUUGCUGAGAAGCUCCAUCAGGCCAUGAAGGGUAUUGGAACUCGUCAUAAGACACUGAUCAGGAUUAUGGUUUCCCGCUCUGAAAUCGACAUGAAUGAUAUCAAAGCAUGCUAUCAGAAGUUGUAUGGCAUCUCUCUCUGUCAAGCCAUUCUGGAUGAAACCAAAGGAGAUUAUGAAAAAAUCCUGGUGGCUCUCUGUGGAGGAGACUAA